GCGCGCCGGGCGCCGCCUUUGGUCGUCACGAAGUGUCGUGAGCGGGAAACGCAAAAAUGGCGCCCGACCGAGCGGCCUCUCCUGUGGCCUGAGCAAGAAGGGGAUCCCGGAGCUGGAGACCCGGCAUCCUGCUCGUCCAUGGAGGACGUCGAGAGCCGCUUCGCCCAUCUCCUGCAGCCCAUCCGCGACCUCACCAAGAACUGGGAGGUGGAUGUGGCGGCGCAAUUAGGAGAGUACCUGGAAGAGCUGGACCAGAUCUGCAUUUCUUUCGAUGAAGGAAAAACCACCAUGAACUUUGUCGAGGCUGCGCUGCUGAUCCAGGGCUCUGCCUGUGUCUAUAGUAAAAAGGUGGAAUACCUCUACUCGCUGGUCUACCAGGCACUGGAUUUCAUCUCAGGCAAAAAGCGGAAUAAACAGCCCACAUCAGUGCAGCCAGAUGGGCACGAUGGUGAUGCCAGCUGCCGAGCUCGUCCAGAAGCUGAGGAAGAGCUGCUGUCCCUUGAUGACCUCCCAGAUCCCCGGACAAACAUAGACCUGAAGAAUGACCAGACCUCCAAUGCAGUACCUAUCAUUCCCUUGGUGCCCAUGGCCCUGGUGCCCCCUGAUGAGGAAGAGAAGAAGAGCAACCCACUCUAUAGCUGCCGAGGGGAGGUCCUGGCCAGCCGCAAGGAUUUCAGGAUGAACACCUCCACCCCCCACCCCAGCGGUGCCUUCCUGUUGGAGCCAGGGGGCCUGUCCCCUAUGGAACAGAUCCUGCUGAGGGCCCAGCCAGGUGCUGAGAGGCCUGAGGAAAUGCCAAUGGAUGUCUCUGUGUGCAUGUCCCCAGUGCCAGUGCUCAACUUCUCCCAGGAGGACAAUGAGAAGCCAGAGGGAGAACCACCUGAAGGUGAGGAAGAGGCGGGAGACUUGCUUCUUGACCCAGAGGGCCCUGAGGCAUCUCCAAAGCCCCCACAGCAGGGGACUCCACAGGAGGAGGCCCUGGAGUCAAGGAGGUACACGCUACGGGGCAGGACCGAAGCUGCAACCCCCCGCCCAUCCUGGCACCAAAAGGAGCCCCCAGAUGCCUGGCAGAGCCUGGACCCCUUCGACUCUCUGGAGGACAAGCCCUUCAAGAAAGGCACCCCUUACUCUUUGCCACAGCACCUGGAGGAGACCACGUCUGGCAAACGAAAAAGGAAGACCUCCACCAGACUCCAGGGAUUUCACGAGUGGUACCUGGAUGCUUACAGUGGCUGUGCCAGCUCCCAGAAACCUCGGCACAGAGGCCCCACGUUUGCAGACCUGGAUGCUCUCUACUGGAAACACGUCAAGGAGCAGGCGGAAGCCCUUCGGAAGCUGCGCAGGGGAGAGGUGGCAGAGCAGCGGCUAUCUGAGGCCCCAGUAGGGCUGUGGGCCCUAGAAGAGGAGCGUGUGGAAGACUCCCUGGAGCACCCUGGAGGAGACAGCUUCCUGGAGCUUGAGGACGCCGAGUCUGAGGAGCCGCUGGAGGAUGUUCCAGAACCUGAGGCCAUCCCUCCACUGAGCUAUGAGGAGUUGGUCCAGAAAAAUGUGGAAUUAUUUAUUGCCAACUCUCAGAAGUAUGUGCAUGAGACUGAGCUGUCUCAGCGCAUCCGUGACUGGGAGGACACCAUCGGGCCCAAGCUCCAGGAGCAGGAGGAGCACGUUCCAUUCGACAUCCACAAUUACGGCGACCAAGUGGUAGCGAGAUUUCGGCAACUCAAUGAGUGGUGUCCCUUCGCGGAGCUGGUGGCCGGCCAGCCCGCCUUUGAGGUGUGCCGGUCUAUGCUGGCCUCCCUGCAGCUGGCCAACGACUACACUGUGGAGAUCGCCCAGAAGCCGGGGCUCACUGAGGCUGUGGACACCAUGUCCCUGAGGCUCCUCACCCGCCAGCGAGCCCACGAGCGCUUCCAGACGUACACGGCCCCUUCCAUGGCCCUGCCCUGA